AUGAAUGAACAUUACAUACACACGGUACCAGUAAAUGAUUUGCCUAAUGUAUCUCUUGAAACACACAAAGUAGAAACCUUAAAAUCACAGAGUAUAAAACACGUUUUUGAUUGUAUUGAUAAAAAAAAUUACUAUUCUCAGGAAAAGGAACGUCUAAAGCGUGCAUCACUCGCAUUUGGUCACCAAGAAGCGCUGAAGAUGAGUAUAGAAAGGUCAUUUUGUGCUUCGUCAGCCAGAACCCCAAAUUCAUCAAUGCUAUCAUACCAAAUAAUUACUGGAGACAUUGAUCGCAUAGACCCAUACGAAUAUCUAAAUACUGUGUCUAUGAGAUACAUAUAG